AUGGGAAAUUUCCAGAGCAUGAGGACUAGAUUCUUGGGGUGUAGAAGCCCAGAUGAAGAAGAAGAAGGUGGAGGUGGAAGCCUCGUGGGUUAUCCAAAUGUGCAGAAUGAAUACAGAUCAAAUGAAGAAUCAAUAUUGGUUUCCUUUAGUUCAAUCUACAAAGCAACAAAAGCCAUACUGCAAAAGGCAGUAAGCGUCGUCGUAUCUACAAAAUCAGCAGAUCCAUCGUCACUCCCCAUUCAAAAUCCGCUUUUAGGUCAAAUUUGGACGAGCGGGGAUUCCUCUUCACACUCUCUGUGGGUAGAUACAGUUGGGUCUUUAACUGGUGAUCAACAAGCUCAUGUUGUCUCUGUGCCUGAGAUCGGAUGGUCGAGCGAGAUUGAGGUGGGAAUUUCCCGUUGCUUGGAAAUAAACUCAUCUAGAAAAUCCAAGGAGAAAGUAAAGAGGAGGAGUAUCGCCGAGAAGAGGAUAAAGCAUUAUAGCAGCUGGCAUAAGAUACUGUUGGUCGGAGAAGGCGACUUCUCCUUCUCCGCGUGUCUCGCCUUGGCUUUUGGCUCUGCCGCCAACAUCAUAGCCUCAUCCCUUGAUUCUCAUGCAUUUUUGAAGGAGCAUUAUAGGAAUGCUAUGUCCAACAUCGAAGAAUUAAGGAGGAGAGAGGGCAAGGUGAUGCAUGGGAUCAAUGCUACGAAAAUGGCCAACCAUGAACUGCUCGGACAACUUAAAUUUGAUCGCAUUAUAUACAACUUUCCUUAUGCUGGAUUUUUCGGCAAGAGCGUGCCAAAAGAAUCCCAGCUUAGUCGUCACAGGAAACUGGUGAGCAAGUUUCUGAUGAACGCGAAGAAUAUGUUAAGUGAAAAUGGUGAGAUUCACAUUACGCAUAAGACCAAUGGUUUCCACGCCGACUUUAAGGUGGAGAGCCUUGCUUCAUCGCACGGGCUAAAACUUAUAGAGGCCGUGAAAUUUAAAUGUGGUGAUUAUCCAGGCUACAACACCAAGUACGGAUUUGGGGGUGAUGGCAACUUCGAUUGCAACCCUAGCAAAACCUUCAAAUUCGGCCUUAAAUCAGUUUCACUUUGA